AUGGACUGGUAUUAUGCCCUCACCGAGCAUCUUCUAAACAGGGAUUACGUUAACGAGUCUUUUGGCUCAAUUCUACCCCAGCUGAAAGCGAAGACCCUCGCGCUCUACAGGGCUCUCCUCCUGUAUCAGAUGAAAAGUGUCUGCUCCUACUACCGACACCAGGGCCUCGUCUUUCUCCGCGGCCUUACGAAUUGGGACGACUGGGACGAUAAUCUAAAGACCGUCACAAACGCAGAAGCUACCCUUCAGAGGGAUUCCGACCAGUACAAUAAGCACCAUGCGAAAAGCGCCCUAGCACAAUGCCGGUGGGAUCUUCGCGUUAUUGACCUGAAGGACGACAUAAAGAAGAUUAAGAUGAAGAAAGACACACUGCUCGCCGAUGCAUACGAUUGGAUCCUUAACACAGAGCACGCAAUAGCGGCUUUGAGGUCCCUGGUCUGGAUGCUUCUAGUAGCGCAACCGCAUCUCAUCACACACCUGCGCAAAAACCGGCCGGAGGUCGAUGUUAUUGCCAGACUCAAGACUCUAAACACCCAUACUCGGGACAUUUCAGAGAGCCUCGUCGAGCUGGAUGCACAAAUUCUGGCAGGCCCUGUUAACGUGUACAUCAACCACAAGCUCUCCACCCUUAAGGGCAGGCGUUUGUCAAAGCUAUACGACCACAUGAUGACGAGGAUUAAGAAAGUGGAAGAGGUAGACCCCCAGGAUUGCAAGAGAAUUCUGGUGUGCGCUGCUCUUGCAUUCCGUCCGCUCUCUGUAUCUGAGCUAGCUGCUCUUUCUGCCAUGCCAGACGAUAUUACAGUGACGGCUAUUGAGCUAUGCGGCUCAUUUCUGGCAACAAGGGAGGAAACAGUCUACCUUAUUCAUCAGUCUGCCAAGAACUAUCUGGAUGAGAACUUCGCACUUAGACUCCAGCCGUCUGGAGCUGCCCAAGGACACGCAGAUAUCGCCAGACGCUCCAUUGAAGCCAUGUCCGCGGCAGACCACCUCGUCGGGAAUGGCGAAAGCCCCGAGUGUAACAGUGCGCUGGCGUUUACGUUUCUGAAGCAGAGUCUCCUGCACUGGCUCGAAAGCCUAUCCCUCCUGGGAAAGCUCCCAGAAGGGAUGCAGACGAUCAGAAAGCUUCUGCAUAUUGCCCAGAAAUCAAGUGCAAGUUCUGAGCCUGCUCGGUUCCUAGAAGAUGUCAAAGCGUUUAUCCGGAGCCAUGGGUCAAUUAUAGAACGAGCUCCUCUGCAGAUAUACGCCUCCGCACUCGUAUUCAGCCCAGCGACAAGCGAGAUGGUGGCAGGAAUCAAGGCCCACUGGGAUGCACACCGGCAGACGCUCGAGGGACAUAACGGCUGGGUCACGGCCGUGGCCUUCUCGCCCGACGGCAGAUACCUUACCACGAAUUUGGGAUCGCUCCAGCUGUCGUCUACAACUGCGCCAUCAGAACAUUGUUCUGAUGGUAAUCCUCCCGGUCAUACUUUGAAUGUCGACAAUGAGUGGAUAGCUCUGGGUGGCAAGGAAAGUCUAUGGCUACCUGCAGAUUACAGGGCUUCUGCAGUAGCGCUGCAUGGCAAUAAGAUGGUCUUGGGGCAUCAGUCUGGUGGGUUAUUUUCUUUUCCUCCUUUAAAGUGGAAGGGCCUGGGGAACGAUGUUGUGUUAUAUAUGGUCAAAAUUGCCACCAGGGAUGAGAAAUGGGGUUUUGCCACUAUGACCAGGCUCGUUCCCGCUUUCAACGAUAAGCGGAUCUAUCAGAUGUAUGGUAGUGCAGGGGGCCUCUCGAAGUCCUCGGUCACUCUUAGAGGCCAAGGUCACCAUGACGCCAAUCUUAUUGAGCCAUAUAGUCAUAUAGGCGGAGGUACAGGAGCUGGAUUGACCGACGACGCAGAAAUCCUUGCAUACCAAAAGAUGGAAGAUGCACUGGCAAUGGCGGAGGAGACCCGUGGUUCUACCGUUUCCCCAGAUUCAAUUGCAACGGCCCACCACUUCUCCGCCUACUUUGGUGCUGCAUCAAUUAUAAUCACGGGAGAUUGUGCGGCUUACUGGAAUGGGAGACUGGACAACAUGGGUGUCAUACGGCGGUGCUGCUUGGUACAGUCAGCUAUUGGCCAGAUGAAAAGUCUGAACCCUGCAGUCCUGCAAAAACGGACACCACAUCCUCCAUUUUUGGAGGCACACUCCUCCAUAUCUGGAGGCAUUAGAACCCCGGGGAAGAGCUUGACGGGAUCUUAG